AUGCCUGCGGCAGGUGUAGAUACCUCAGCUUGGAGCUGCGGUGCGGGGACGCGCCUGCAGGCCUGCCUCCAGACUACUCUGGUGAGCCGAGGCAGUCCUCAACCUUGCUCUUCUUCCUCGGGCCCGCAGGGGAGCUUUGAUCCCCUCUCUCAGGUUGCGAACGCCCAGAUCCAGACUGAGCCUUUCUCUGGGAUCGGUGGGGACAGACCAGGCUGCAGCCCCCAACUGCUCGGUCCUGUCACGUCUCUCGCUACCCUCAGGGUGUGCCCUACACCGCGGCGUCCGCCUCAGAUGCAGCCGCCCGCUACCCGGCCCGAGGCGACGCAAAAUGACGUCUCGCUCACGCACGCGCUCGGGAGAGACGCUCUAAGCUGGCGGAGGACCACGUCUUUAUGGUGUGUCAGGAGCCGCGCCGGCCGGGAGUUGGGUGAGCUGGGGGGCGCCCGUGCCCGCGCGCCGCCCGCCCUAGCUGGGCUAGUGCUGCACAUUCCAGCCAGCCCCCUCCCCAAGACCCCAUUCCCAAUCCCCUUCUCAGCUCCCUCGGGCCGGCAGAGCGGCUCUGAUCAGAUCAUGAGGACCUGGCGCGGGAGCCUUCAUCUGAGGAUGUCCCAGGCGUUCACAUGUUGUGCCAGACUAUCUGCAGGAGUGGUCCAGUGACAGCGAAGAUGAGGAGGACCCAGAGGAUGUGG